GAACUUUACAUGCCUACAACCGGAAUCGAUGAAAGGAUUUGAUUUGUAUUCAUUGACCAAAAACAAACGUUAUGAACUAUUAACAUGUCAACUUGAGGUAUGUCCAUCGCUUUGCACUUGCAUUGAUAUUCCUGCUAAAGAGAGGAUAAUAGUAAACUGUUCUGAUAAAGGUUUGACUGAUUUUCCAGAGCACAUGCCAUGGGGAUACUGGGAUAAUAAUAAGAUCGAGCUCCAUAUAGCAAACAACAAAAUUACGGAAAUUCCAGAUAGAGAUUACAUCUCCCGUUUGAUAAGUGUCGAUGCAAAAGGAAAUUCCAUCCAGCAUAUUAGUCCAACGACGAUAAUGGACCUUGAAGCGGAGUUAAACAUUCAAGAUCAAAGACUGGAUUUUCUCCGCGAGGACUUCGCACGAAAAGACCCAAACCUGAUUACAUUUGGUGACACGGCUGUAUCGUGUUCAUGCCAAAAUUUGUGGAUAGGCGACUGGAUUCGAAAUAACAAGGCAUAUAAUCGUCUAUGGUGUCUAACAGACUCACGUGGAAAAAUUCGAGCCGAAGAUGUGACAGCUCAGUCUUUGGAAUGCACUGUCAAUGUUAUUUCACUUUACCCUAUCAUUAUUCCACUUUGUGGUCUUGUAGCGAUGUUAAUACUUUUGUCAUUAUUACAGUACUGCUUUCGAUAUGAAAUGUUUCUUCUAUAUCGCAAAUGUAUUACACGGGAAAAAAAAGAUGGUUUGAUCGACGUAUUCGUAUCUGUUGCGGACAACGAUGACGAGACAUUGACUGUUGUGCUUAAAUAUAUACGCCCAGCAUUGGAGGCGGAAAACUACUCAGUUAAAGUUCCGUGGAGUGAUAUCCGGAACGAAGAGGAAAGAGACAUGCAAGUGACGGACCUAGUGAGCCAAUGCCGAAACUAUGUUGUAAUGCUUACACCCCAAUACGGAAAAGAUUACAAUUCAAAAUUUGAAUUCGACAUCAUGUGGGAAAAAUUCAAAGCUGAUGCUUCAAGAAAAAUUAUCCUUAUUAACGAUGGCUAUGAGAUCCCGCGUGAUAGGUAUGGGAAAAUAAUUCGAGCGCUUCAAAGGGUCCACAAGGAGCUGAAUUACAAAGAAAGGCAUACACGUCUGGUCGCGCGACUGAUACGUUGUCUUGGAGAGCCCGAGCACGGAAAGGUAAUAAACCCUCUAACAACAACAGUUCGUAGAAGACCUGCCAGACAGAUCGCGACGUCCCAAAUAGAAGAUGUCGAUGAAGUUAUCUAUGCAGCAUAAACUGUAUCUUAAUUAGUAUCUGUGCACACGGAUUUGAUUACAUUUUUGUAGCAAUCGGUUAUUAAACGAUCGCCAAUCUAUAAGAAUUUAGUAUAUUCUAAUACGAUCUUUCUUUUUGGCUUGUUAGACAAACGACUAGCACUGGAUACUAUGCAUGAUGAACUUUGUAGAAAAAAAAAAUAUUUUUUAACAGUAUUAUCGCUCACGAUAAAAUGCGAGCAAAUUUUGACUUAUACGACAUCUUAACCGAUUAUCAUAUUUGUUCCCUCCUUUGCAA